UUGGGGAUAUAAUUGAGUGUUCCAUGUAAAAACUGCCCUAGGGAAAGGGGUAGAGCUCCUGAUAUCCACAGUGUUGAAUAAUCCCUGACUGGGGGCUGUCCCUGCUGUACCCUAGGGAAAGACAGGGGAAAGUAGAAAGGGAAGAAAUGAGAGUCCUGUCUCAUUUGUGUGUGUGCCACUCAAAUAAAGGAGCUGAGGGCUGGUUGCUGGCCCAAAGCCCAAAGGCCUUGGGACAGCCAACAUUGUACUAUUUAACUCUUUUUUUUUUUUUUCCUCCCUCUCUAAAACUGCCCUCAUAAAUAGGAGCUUAGUGGUUCAGCCGGGGUGGUUCUUGUGGUGUCUGGGAACCUUUCCAGUCCUUCAAAUUUGCCAGGCCUGGGGUCUGGGAGGGAGUGCUGAUGUGGCCGUGGCCAGAGCUUACCCAGCUGCCACAGGAAGGAUCUCCAUAGCCUUCACGUGCUGGGGUAGUUGGGAGCUGUGGAAGUCCAGUGGGAGCAGGAAAAGCCCAGCCAUGGUUGGGAGCAGCAGCAGCACGAGGCUGAAGGCUGGUGCCUCUUCUCCUGGACUCUUGGUGCAACAACCUCUUCCUGUUCCAUGUUGGUGACUCCCUAUCUGCUGAAUGGCUGAGGGGGAAAGGAGGGUGUCCCGACUCUCUCCAUGACCAGGUGGACUCCAUGAUCUUAGAGGGCUUUUCCCUUUGUCCCAGUGACCUGCUCCUGGUCAUCUCCAGCUUCCUUCCACGUGCUCCAUCCAGCCUGGUAGGGCCAACUCCAUCAGGGUGGGAGAUCCUGAGAGCAAACCCCACAACCCUCAGAGCCCUCUGUGCUGGCUGGGAAACCACAGUCCCUUCCCGGUUGCCAGGGAUUCGUAUGCAAAUGCUGGGAGCAAGCACGAUGCCAGCUUGUGCCCUGCAUCCCAGCGGUGGGAGAGGGGCAGGAAGGAUCCAGCCGGGAAACACGGAAAGGCAGUUUCACUGCGAUGACAACACGCAGGGGAUGGGUUUAUUAAUAUUUCUCUUUUGUCUAGUGUAGAAUAAUACAGGUUGUUCAAAGCGAUGCUGAGCAGGAGAGGGAAGGCUGGGCUGUGCCACCUUAGGGGUGUGACAAUCUUCGGCACAAGGGGGACUCUGUGGAGCUCUUCCCGGGGCUGCUUUGUGAUCUCUGCCAUGAGCAUUUAAAAAUCCACCCAACUGGGAUCGAGUUAGAGGGGAGGGUGUGAAAGCCACACGGGGCAAAGCUCCCCUUCUGUCCUCGCCAUCCUCGGGGCCAUAAUUACCUAAUUAUGCCCCGUUAAUGAGGGGGAUGCAGCUCCUCCCUGACCCAGCCCGGUCCUGCUCCACGAGUCUUUCUGCUCCUCCUUUCAGCCGUAUUUUAUUUAUGGGCUCCAGUGGCGUUUCCAGCAAGACAGAAUCUCCAUGAAAUGAAUCGUUCCACCUGGACCCUCAAUUUGCUCUCCAGAUGGCUCGGCCCUCCUAAGCUGCCCUGUGUGCCGUAUUUUCCCUGAGCUGGGCUGGCUUUUCCCCGCGUCCCGGCUCCUCCCUGGCUGUCGCUGACAGCUGCACGGCUCAUGCCCUGUAGCUCCCUGGCAUGUCAUUCAGGAGGAACAAAAGCGGAUUUCUCCCCCACCUCUCCGCCAGGGAGGAUAAAGGGGAUGCUUUUGUGCUUUCCCCCAUCCCAGCGUUUCUGCAGAGGGGCUGAGCUCUGCCGAGGGGACCCGUCUCCCUGCAGGGCUCCAACGUGGAUGGGAGAUCUCCGGGAGGGAAGUUGAGUCUGCACCGGGUCCCGCCUGGAGAGCACAACUUGUGUCAGGAUGCACCGAGCGAUGAAGGAAGAAUCCAGUUUCGGGACAGGCAGCCUGGAAAACGUGCCCCGGGAGCCAGGCAAGGACAAGCUGCCCACGAAGCUGUGCAGCGGGUCCUGCCACGCCGAGCAAAUCCUGCAGACCCUCAACUCCUACCGGCACAGCGGCACCUUCACCGACGUGGUGCUGCUGAUCGAUGGGCAGGAAUUCCCCUGCCACCGGGCCACCCUGUCAGCCAACAGCACCUACUUCAGGGCCAUGUUUGGCGGCGACCUCAAGGAAGGCCACCAGGACAUCAUUAACAUCCAGAAGAUCUCUGCCUCCACCAUGUCCCUCCUUCUGGAUUAUAUGUACGGGGGGAACAUCAUCAUCCAGGAGGACAACGUCGAGAGCAUCCUGGAGCUGUCUGACCUGCUGCAGAUCUCCAAGCUCAGGGAUGCCUGUGUCACCUUCCUGGAGGGCCAGCUGCACCCGUGCAACUGCCUGGGCAUCAUGAAGUUUGCCGACUCCUUCUCCAUCGCGUCCCUGACGGAGAAGAGCAGGAGGUUCAUGCUGGAGUGUUUCGUGGAGGUGUCGUGCCACGAGGAGUUCCUGGAGAUGGGGGCGAAGGAGCUGGUUGGGUACCUGUGUGACGAGCAGCUGGUGGUGCCCAAGGAGGAGGUGGUGUUCGAGGCCGUGAUGCGCUGGGUGCGGCACGACGUGCCCGCCAGGAAGGGGGCCCUGAGGGAGCUCCUGGAGCACGUGCGCCUGCCCCUGCUCAGCCCCACCUACUUCCUGGAGAAGGUGGAGAUGGAUGGGCUCAUCCAGGACUCCAAGGAGUGCAUCCCCCUCCUGCACGAGGCCCGCAAGUGCUACAUCCUGGGGAACGAGGUCAGCUCCCUGCGCUCCAGGCCCCGGAGGUUCAUGGAGCUGGCAGAGGUCAUCGUUGUCAUCGGGGGCUGUGAUAAGAAGGGCCUCCUGAAGCUGCCCUUCACAGACCUGUACCACCCCAAGAGCAGGCAGUGGACAGCCCUCUCCAGCGUGCCCGGAUACACCAAGUCAGAGUUUGCUGCCUGCACGCUGAAGAACGACGUGUACAUCUCAGGAGGACACAUCAGCAGCAGUGAUGUUUGGGUGCUGAGCUCCCAGCUGAACGUCUGGAUCAAGGUGGCCUGUCUGCAGAAGGGCCGGUGGAGGCACAAGAUGGCAACGCUCCAGGGCAAGAUCUACGCCGUGGGGGGCUUUGAUGGCUUCUACCGCCUCUCCAGCGUGGAGUGCUACGACACCUUCUCCAACAGCUGGUCCACCCUGGCGCCGCUGCCCCAGGCCGUGAGCUCGGCCGCCGUGGUCUCCUGCCUCAACAGGCUCUACGUGCUGGGAGGGGCUGUGGACGACACCUCCAACACUGACAAGGUCCAGUGUUACAAUCCAGAGGAUGACAAGUGGACGCUCUUGUCUCCCACCCCAUUUUAUCAGAGGUGCAUCAGCGCUGUCUGCCUGGACAACAUCAUUUAUGUUGUGGGUGGACUCCUCAGCAAAAUCUUCAGCUACGAUCCCAGGAAGGACAGCUGGAGAGAAGUGGCCGCCCUCCCUGGACCUCUGGAGAGCUGUGGCCUGACAGUGUGUGGAGGGAAGAUCUACAUCCUGGGUGGCCGGGACGAGAGCGGGGAGGGCACGGACAAGGCGUUCACGUUCGACCCGGUGACGGGGCUGGUGGAGCCGCAGCCGCCGCUGCAGCGCUGCACCAGCUACCACGGCUGUGUGACCAUCCUGCAGCGCAGGGACAGGUGACCACAGGGCUCCCCUGCACCCAGAGCCUCCCCUGGAGCCACCCAGCACGUGGGAACACCAGCCACUGCAGAGCAGGUGCUCCACCAGCCCCUGAGUGGCCUCGGGUUUGUUUUUCCCGGCCUCGCGAUGGUGCCGAUGGAUUUGAUGCUGAUCCAGGUGAGAGGAUGGAAUGGUCCUGGGCUGUGUGAAGCUGCAUCACAGACCUUGCCACUGCAGCCCCUGGGACUGCUGAAUUUGACCUUUGCUUAGGUUUUCCUGGCUGUAGAUGAAAGUCUUCUGCUGUGCUUGCAGCAGAGGUUUGCUGUCCUGGAAGGACGUGUGUUUGCUGCUCUCUGAUGCCCAGAACUGUUGCUGUAACAGCUGCAGCUCCAGGAUCCAAUCCUUUGGCUAAAAGCUGUCAGGUAUUUGUGCAUUUACUACAGAACCCUGUGCCAAACCCCAGUGGGGACCUAAAUGCUCAUUAACAUCCAUGAACAGAGAGCUGGGAUUGGGAGUUCAAAGUUGAUAAUCCCAAGAAAAUCACUCCACUAAAUCCCAAAUAGUUCCAGCUCUGACUCUGCACAGGCUGUGUGAGGGUCUGUGCCCCCAAAGCACAGAGUGCUCUCUCUUGUCAUACAUGUUUUGUGGUUGGACUGCUGUGUCUCUGUCACUGAGUGGACAAGUGAAUCCUGCAGCCAAGAGUUCCUUCAGAGAGGAAAAGGAGGAGGAAUAUUAAGGUAUAGGAAUUAAGCAUGAAGACCUGAAGCAUGGUAGCCACAGAACUGUCUCAUUUUGGCUGUGGAGUAUGUAGCAAACAUUAAAAUAAACUCCACAUUUAACAGACUGGGGUCCCUGGGAGCCUGAAUGUGCAGCUCACUUGGAGGAUGUUUGAUUACACAGGCCUGCAUUGCUCCAAGCUGCCCUCAGGUCUAGAAAUGACCCUGAGCACGUUUGAUUUGGUAGGAUAACCAUAGUUUUUGGUGUUGGUGUCUUUAGUCCGUGCCUGGAACUGGUAAUUUCUGGUGGCUCCACGUAAAUGCUCACGUUGUUCAGUUAGAGGUUGAAUUGCUGCCAGAUGUAGAGUGAGGGCUCUUAAAAACUCCCGUACCUUGGACACUGUGGGGUGCACCCCUCCACAGCAGGCUGCUGGCUGGCUGCUGUGCUCUCUGCACCUUCCUUUCCUCACCCCAAUUCUUCCUGAAGCAGAGGAGAUGUCUGUGUCCACUGGUCCAGCUAUUCCUCUUUGCCUGUCCCAAACCCGCUGGCUCUGCCUGAAUCCCUCUGUGUUCACCACUAAACCAAGUCCUCAGGGUCACACCCACAUGCUUUUUGACUCCACCACUUCCCUGGGGACCCCUCACAAUGCUUCAAAACUCUUUCCAUGACAUUUUUUUUCCCCUAAUAUCUGAUCUAAACCUCCCCUGGCACAACUUGAGGCUACUUCCUCGAGGAUUUCCUCGAAGGAGAUUCCACGCUGGUAUAGGUUAUUCCCACGAGGAGAGAAAAGGAAAUUCUUGCUGGUAAAAGACAAUUUUAUUUGCAAUCAAAUUGCAUCCACAUUUGAGUCUUUAAUGGGAAUGGAGAUUCCAAGAGGAUGAGCCUGCCCAGAGCAGGCACUGAGCAAAGCCUGAUCUGCUGAGGAGGUUGAGCGUUGUGGGCAAUCCCUUAGAAAAAAGGGAUGGUCCUCAUGCCAAAGGUAAGCCCGAGGAAUGUGGAACAGGGCUGGGAACACAGAUGAUCUUGCUUGGCUGCUGGUGGUUCUUUGUGCUCUUGAGCACAGUAAUAUAUUUGGACAGAGCAAUAGCCUUGAAAGUAAAAAGGAAGAGUUUUCCAGUUGCAUUUUCAACUUCUCUCUCCACAGUCUUCCCUGAUUUUCCUAAUGCCUCCUGGGAGUGUCUUGCUGUACUUUCCCCCUUAUUCCUGGAGGAGUGAGCACACUCCAAAGGGUGGCAGAUGUCCCUGUCAGCUUUCCCACGUGCUUUUGCCACGUGUGAUGUGCUGCAGUUGGUGGGACACGGUGCUGGAAGUUGCGGCACAGACACUGCAAUGUUUGCCUCGCUCUUGGUCCUGCUAUUUAUUGUACCCCUGAAUUGUGCUUGUGUUUUGUGGGGGCUGUGGGUGUGCAGGGGAGGGGGAGGGAAGGAAUUCAACUUGCUUUUAUUUAGAAAUAAAUAUUCACCUUGGCUCCCAGCUGCUUUUUGCUGCGGGGAUUUCAUUUGUGCCUAUGGCAUUCCAGAAAUAUAUUGUUGAUGGAGCAUCACAGGAGCUUUGGGAACACCGUCCUUGAGGUGUCCCAGCCUUUGUCUGGGAUACCUAAAUCCUCCCUGUGAGCAAGUAGAAAGUUCAAGGCACUGCUGUUUGUCUGCAGGGACUGAUAUCUGUAACUGUUACCUGGAAUCAUGGCCAAGUCAGUGUAGGGGAGGUGUUUGGAUAAUUCAAACUCUGCUAAGGAUGGGGAAAAUCUGACUUGUGUUUUGGUUUGAUGGAAAGAGAAACUGAAAAACUGCUUGCCUUGGCUGUUUCUUGCUCUCCCUUGUUGUGGCAGAAGGACACAGAGCACGAAACUGCCCGUCACCACCACGUGCUUCACAUCCCGAGAGGGCUUCCCUCGGCCCACAAGGGAAGCACCUCCUGGCUGUGUUCCCAGUAAUGCCCAGACCUGCUGUGGGAGCUCUGCAUGGCAAAAGAUGUAGAAGGAAGUAGUGAUCACCUGCAAAGCAUGUGCAGUAGGUUCAGCUUUAGGUGUUUAAGCUUUGAGGAGCAAAAUAAAUGAUUUUUUAAUUUGCACUCCGAAGCAGCAACUGUCGAUCACUUCCAGUGGUACCCAAACCAUCCCUUCCUCCCCCAGCCCUGUGGUUUUCCUGCUGCCUGUCUCAGCAGCUGGGUUAUUUUGGGCAUGUUUGUGUUAUGGAUGGGAGCCAGGGGGAAGAAGAAAAAGCUCUUUGUGAACAAAUCACACGGGUGGUGUAGGCAGCAAGAUCUUCAGGGCCUGAUAAGAUUUGUCCAUGACACAAAACCCAGAAGAAUUAUAAGUAACCUGGCAGACAGGGCUGCUGCGGGAAGCAAGUGGAACUGCUUGUAGUAAACAAGGGGAAAAUGGCCUUUUUCAUCCUUUCCCAUGAAAGCUUUCACCCCUCAGAAAGUCCACUGUACCCCUCAAAGACAAAAACUGGGGCCUCCUCCACAGUCAGUAGGGAAAAGGGACCCCACUAAAGAGUGAGCCAUGGAAUCCAAGAAUGGCUUGGGUUGGGAAAGGACCUUAAAACCCAUCCAGUGCCACCCCCUGCCAUGGGCAGGGACACCUUCCACUAGCCCAGGUUUCUCAAGCCUGGCCUUGAACACUUCCAGGGAUCCAGGGGCAGCCACAGCUUCUCUGGGCAACCUGUGCCAGGGCUGCUCCACCCUCACAGCCAAGGAUUCCUUCCCAAUAUCCCAUCCAACCCUGCCCUCUGGCAGUGGGAAGCCAUUCCCCCUUGUCCUAUCCCUUUUAUGCCUUUGUAAACAUCCCCAUGCUCCAUCCCCUGGAGAUGUGGGAGCUCCUUUGCCCUGGGCUGCCCAGCUGGCAGGAGAUGAUAUCACCGUGGGGCAGGAGGGCAGGGCUGCAAGUCCCAGCUGAAAGGAUGAGCUAGAGCUGAUUAAUUCAGAUUAAGGGCCAUAAUAGCCAGCUGGGAACUGGUGGGCAGAGAUAAAAGCAGUUUCACUGGUUGUCCCUCUAGGUUUAAAUAUUCCCAGGAGAAGGGAGGGAGGGAACUGUGUCAGAUUUAUUGCGAGGUUGAUGUUUGCAAGAUUUAUUUCCUAUUAAAUUCAAAUCAUGGUUGGGCCAGCAGGGACCUUGAGAUCCAGUCCUUGGCUUGAACACUGGUUAUUGUUGGUCUGAGUGGGGUCUAACACUGCUCAUUGACAAUCUGAGGGGGUCUAACACUGGUUACUGGUGAUCUGAGUGGGGUCUAACAGUGGUCACUGACAAUCUGAGGGGGUCCAACACUGGUCACUGACAGUCUGAGGGAGUCUCCCAUUAAUGCCAGCAGAAAGGGGACUCUGAGGCAGGGCUGGGCCGUGGCCAGCAGCCUUUGUGCUCCCUGCUCUGGGGACAGAGCCUGUUUCCAGUGCUCCUCCGAGCCCCCCCAAAGAGACUGACAGCCCCUGUGUGCAGGACCCGCAGCAGCACAAAACAGGGGAUCCUGCCCACCCAAACUGCUCGGGCAGCUCCGUCCUCCACGUGGAAAAGGGACGAUCAAAGAGCGGAAAAAAAGCCCAGAGCGGAUGCCAAAAGCAAGAGCUGGAUGUAAAGGCUGAAGAGGAGGGGAAAAUCCAGGAUGUGGAGCUAAGCAGAGGGG